ACAACACAGUGACGAGGGCCUUUAAAAACCGUGAGGCGCUCAAAUUUUUCCCCACCAUCAGCUUUGAUUACCGAGCCUCAUCCUUCCUUCCCCAGUCCCGAGGGGGAGAGAGAGAGUUAUCUCCACUCUCUGGCAUAUAUUUCUCUCUAUCUCGUCGAUCGAUUUCCAUGGCUGGAAGAAUUCCAACAUACCAGAGACCUCCGUAGAUGCUUUUCUUUGGCAUUCUUUCCUCAUCUUGUAUCUUAUGCCUCUUUGGAGCUGCAAGCCAUGGUGGAAGGAUUGUAUGGUGGCGUCUAUUAGUACUCGACUGCUAUUAAAAUUGAUGUCCAGUUCGAAGAAACCAGCUCUGGGAUGGGUCUAACAACAUGCUGGGAAUGAGAUGAAAUUUCUUAUGUUUUCUCAAACAAUAUUCUCAUCAAUGUUGGAUCUCUUCCUUUCCCUCCAUUUCUUAACUGCACUUCUUCCAGUUUCUCUUAUACCAAUCUCGACCUCCCUGUCAGUGGAGACUAAAGCACUCCUUGAAUUUAGAAGGCAGUUAAAUGAUCCUUUGGGUUAUCUUGAGAGUUGGAAUGAAUCCCAGUCUCCCUGCCAGUUUGUUGGGGUCAAUUGUGACGACUCUGGCCAAGUGAUCAGAAUUUCUCUUGCAAAUUUAUCAUUAUCUGGCAAGAUAUCACCAUCAGUUUCUGUUUUGCACAGCUUAAGUUCUCUAGUGCUAGGAGCAAAUGCCAUCUCGGGCAUUGUUCCUGCUGCAUUGGUCAAUUGCACAAAUCUUCAAGUGCUUAAUCUUUCAACAAACAGUUUAACAGGCCAAUUGCCAGACCUCUCAAGUCUGCAAAAUCUACGAGUUCUUGACUUGUCAACAAAUAGAUUUACUGGUAAUUUUCCUGCAUGGGUUGGGAAACUACCAGAUUUAAUUCAACUGGGCCUUGCGGAGAAUAAUUUUGAAGAGGGGGAUAUUCCACAAGGUAUUGGAAAUUUGAAGAACUUGACAUGGCUUUUCUUGGCACAAUGUAAUCUAAGAGGGGAGAUACCAGCUUCCAUCUUUCAAUUGACAUCACUUGGAACAUUGGACUUCUCCCGCAACCAAAUUUCAGGAAAGUUCCCAAAAGCAAUUUCAAACUUAGGCAACCUCUACAAAAUUGAGCUCUACCAGAACAAUUUAACUGGAGAGAUCCCACCUGAUCUUGCCAAGCUGUCCCAACUUCGUGAGUUUGAUAUCUCUCGCAAUCAUCUGACUGGGAAGCUUCCUGCUGAGAUUGGUACACUGAAGAACUUGACAAUUUUUCAUAUAUACAGUAACAACUUCUGGGGUGAUCUCCCCAAAGAGUUUGGUGAUUUGCAGUUUCUUGUGUCAUUCUCCAUUUAUCAGAAUAAUUUCUCUGGAGAAUUCCCAGCAAAUCUUGGUCAUUUCUCACCACUCAAUAUUAUAGACAUAUCUGAAAACAGUUUCUCUGGUGAAUUCCCAAGGUUCCUAUGCCAAAGCAACAAUCUGCAGUUCUUGCUUGCUCUGGAUAAUAACUUUUCAGGUGAAUUUCCUGAUUCAUAUGCUAACUGCAAGUCAUUGCAGAGGUUCAGGAUCAAUCAGAACCACUUCACUGGGAAAAUUCCAGAUGCACUGUGGGGACUGCCAUUUGCAGUUAUCAUUGAUGUAUCAGAUAAUAGUUUUACUGGAGGGAUAUCUUCUGAUAUAGGGAUAUCAAUUAGUUUAACACAGUUGUAUGUGCAGAAUAACAGAUUCUCUGGUGAGCUUCCAAUGGAGUUGGGAAAGCUUCCCCAGCUACAGAAAUUAUUUGCUUUUAAUAAUUUCUUUUCUGGUCAGAUACCUUCUCAAAUUGGAAACCUGAAGCAGUUGUCAUCCUUGCAUUUGGAAAAAAAUGAGCUUACAGGACAUAUACCAUUAGAACUUGGUAUGUGCAGCAGACUGGUAGAUCUAAAUCUUGCACAAAAUUCAUUGAGUGGUGACAUUCCUGAGAUGUUGUCCAUGCUUAGCUCCCUCAAUUCACUUAAUCUAUCAAAUAACAUGAUGACAGGCUCAAUUCCAGAGGGCCUAGAAUCACUGAAGCUUAGUUUAAUUGAUUUAUCUAAAAAUCAAUUAGCAGGAAGGAUUCCACCUGGACUUCUGAUUAUGGCAGGAGAUGAAGCCUUUUCUGGUAACACGGCACUCUGUAUUGAUAAGAUUCCUGAAAGUCAGAGGUAUCCUGACUUAACCGUUUGCAAUGUGAGUCAUAGCCAUAAAGAAUUAUUUGGAAAGCAAAUUCUUCUGGUACUUGUAAUAUUGUUGGCCUUGAGCAUCCUUUUGGCUGGUCUGGCAUUUGUGAGUUACAAAAGCUUCAAACUUGAAGAAUAUAAUAAAAGGAGAGAUCCGAAGGAAGGCAUGGAAAAGGAUUCAAAGUGGAAUCUGGAGUCUUUCCAUCCCACAGAACUUGAUCCAGAAGAAAUAUGCAAUUUGGAUGAGGAGAAUUUAAUUGGAUGUGGAGGCACCGGUAAAGUCUAUAGAGUGGACUUGAAUAAGAACAGGGGAGCCAUCGCUGUGAAACAACUAUGGAAGGGUGACAGUGCAAAAGCUUUGAUGGCAGAGAUAGAUAUCAUGGGGAAGAUUAGGCAUAGAAAUAUACUGAAGCUAUAUGCCUGCUUGAGAGGAAGAGGGUCGAAUUUUCUUGUUUUUGAAUACAUGCCAAAUGGUAAUCUUUAUCAAGCUCUUCGUCGGGAGAUCAAGGGCAGACAACCAGAGUUGGACUGGAACAAGCGAUAUAAGAUUGCAGUGGGUGCAGCACAGGGUAUUAUGUAUCUUCACCAUGACUGCUUACCAGCAAUUAUUCACAGAGACAUAAAAUCCACCAAUAUAUUGCUGGAUGAGGAAUAUGAAGCAAAAAUUGCUGAUUUUGGGAUUGCAAAGAUUGUUGAAGAGUCAGAAAUGAAUUGUUUUGCUGGUACACAUGGUUACAUGGCUCCUGAACUUGCAUAUUCUUUCAAGGCGACCGAGAAGAGUGAUAUAUAUAGCUUUGGUGUUGUCCUGCUAGAAUUACUUACUGGCCUUAGUCCAACAGACUCUCAAUUUUUCGGAGGAAAAGAUAUUGUUUUUUGGGUUUCAACCCAUCUUGAUGGCCAAAAUCUUGGAGAAGUUUUUGAUGCUAGACUGUCAAAUUCUGAGGAUGACAUGCUAAAAGUCUUGAAAAUUGCCAUCCUAUGCACCACCAAGUUGCCAUCCUUGCGGCCUACCAUGAGAGAGGUAGUAAACAUGCUUAUUGAUGCAGAUCCUUACACUGUGGUUACAGCAGCGAAAUGUUAUGGUAAGAACUGCUAGAUUUUAUUUCAGCAGCUCUUCUGCAUAUGGAAAUCAGAUCUUUUAGGGUAUUCAUGCUUGUAAUUAGAUAGUUUAGGCCCAUGUUUAGGAAGUUUUGGGCUUGAAUGCUUGCCUUGUAUCAUAGGUCUUAUUAACAGAGUCAUGGUAUUGACAAACCUGUGCUGAUUCAUGUUGUAUGCAUCGACAUUUCUGUAUUUGUACUGUAUAAUUACAAUAGGCUGUAGCUUUCUCCAUUUUGUGAAUGUGGAAUAUGAUAAUUAUUAAAUUCA